GCCCAAAAACAAAACUGAGGGGUGUUUCUCGCGCCGUCAGUGCGCUGCGCUCUUCGGGCGUCUGUUGGGUUAACUUGGUUAUAUUGGAGAGGCGCGCGGUCACCGUUACGCACUUCAGCGGAACACCGAGCUCAGGAUGGCCGAGAGUCACGGCGAGAUCAGCGGCCACGACUGUCGACUGGCUCCCGCUCAGACCUUCAACCACAGAUCCUCCAAGUGGGUGCGUUUGAACGUCGGCGGCACGUAUUUUCUGUCCACCAGACAGACUCUCUGCCGGGACCCCAAAUCAUUCCUGUUCCGCCUGUGCCAAGCAGAGCCAGACCUCGACUCGGAUAAGGAUGAGACAGGGGCAUAUUUGAUUGACAGGGAUCCCAUGUAUUUCGGGCCCGUACUGAAUUAUCUGAGACAUGGAAAGCUGGUCCUCAACAAGAACCUGACAGAGGAAGGAGCUCUCGAAGAGGCGGAGUUCUACAACAUCACAUCAUUAAUAAAACUCAUCAAAGAAAACAUCAGUGAAAGAGAUGCUAAGACGAUACACACGCCAGUCAAGCAUGUUUACAGAGUUCUGCAGUGUCAAGAGGAAGAGCUGACGCAGAUGGUCUCGACCAUGUCAGACGGGUGGAAGUUUGAGCAGCUUGUCAGUGUAGGUUAUGGGCGGGCCCAGAAGUCAGAGUUUUUCCUGAUUGUGUCUCGGGAGGUGAAGGGGGAGGAGUCAAGCCAAACUCACCCCGCCCACAGUGGAGAGUUGGUGAGUAUCGGCUCCUCCUAUAACUACGGUAGUGAAGAUCAGGCGGAGUUCUUGUGUGUUGUUUCUAAGGAACUGCACAACCAAUCAUACAGCAGCAGCUCCCAGCCCAGUGAGAAAGCCAAGAUUCUACAGGAGCGCGGUUCUAGAAUAUGAGCUUCUAUCUGAUAUCUGAGACACAUCAGUUCUUUCUAGAACCUUCCAUGAGCUUGUUCUCUUCACGCGCACCGACAAACUGAAGCACGCAAGCAGCACCUGAAGAGCAUGUCCACUUAUGGUGCCUGGAAUAAACACUGGGAUGCUUUAUUUGUGAUCUUCAUGG